AUGUUGAAUUUGUCAAAGCGUGAGUUUGUGGCACUUGACAUUUCUGGAAAGAACUAUUUGUCAUGGGUACUUGAUGCAAAAAUUCACCUUACCGCUAAGGGUCUUGGUGAUAGUAUAAUCAAAGGCAAUAAAGCAUCAAGUCAGGAUAAAGCGAAGGCUAUGAUUUUCCUUCGUUAUCAUCUUGAUGAAAGCCUGAAGGUUGAAUACUUGACAGUAAAAGAUCCACUUGAAUUGUGGAUAUGUUUGAAAGGGAGGUAUGACCACCUCAAGGCAACGGUAUUGCCAAGGGCUCAUUAUGAGUGGAUGCACUUACGGUUUCAAGAUUAUAAAACCAUAAUUGAGUAUAACUCUAUUGUAUUUAGAAUCACUUCCCAAUUGAAAUUAUGUGGGGAAACUAUAAAUGACGAGGACAUGUUGGAAAAUACACUAACUACUUUCCAUGCCUCUAAUGUGAUACUACUACAACAACAAUACCGUGAAAAAGGAUUUCAAAAAUACUCUGAAUUGAUCUCAUGCCUUCUGGUGGCUGAGCAACAUAAUGCCCUUUUAAUGAGAAAUCAUGAAGCCCGACCCACUGAAAGUGCUCCAUUAUCGGAAGCACACGGGGCAGAAGCACAUGACCAGUCUGAAAUAAGAUAA